AUGUUCUCGGUGCUGUCCUAUGGCAGGCUGGUGGCCCGGGCAGUCCUGGGCGGGCUCUCGCAGACGGACUCCCGCGAUUACAGCCUGGUGACCGCCAGCUGCGGCUUCGGCAAAGACUUCCGCAAGGGCAUCCUCAAGAAAGGCAUGUGCUAUGGGGAUGACGCCUGCUUCGUGGCCAGGCACCGGUCCGCUGAUGUGCUCGGGGUAGCAGAUGGUGUAGGCGGCUGGAGAGACUAUGGGGUUGACCCUUCUCAGUUCUCAGGGACGCUAAUGCGAACAUGCGAACGUUUAGUAAAAGAAGGACGGUUCGUACCAAGCAAUCCUGUUGGAAUUCUUACCACAAGUUAUUGUGAGCUGCUGCAGAACAAAGUACCUUUGCUUGGAAGCAGUACAGCUUGCAUAGUAGUUUUGGACAGAACAAGUCAUCGUUUACAUACAGCAAACUUAGGAGAUUCUGGAUUUCUGGUAGUCCGAGGAGGAGAAGUAGUACAUCGGUCUGAUGAGCAGCAACAUUACUUCAACACUCCAUUCCAGCUGUCAAUAGCUCCACCAGAAGCAGAGGGAGUCGUCUUAAGUGAUAGCCCGGAUGCUGCUGACAGUACUACUUUUGAUGUUCAGCUAGGAGACAUUAUUCUGACAGCAACAGAUGGACUUUUUGAUAACAUGCCUGACUAUAUGAUUCUUCAGGAGCUAAAAAAGCUGAAGAAUUCUAAUUAUGAGAGUAUACAACAGACAGCAAGAAGCAUUGCUGAGCAAGCUCACGAACUGGCAUAUGACCCCACUUACAUGUCACCUUUUGCACAGUUUGCAUGUGACAAUGGAUUGAAUGUGAGAGGGGGAAAGCCAGAUGACAUCACCGUCCUUCUUUCUAUAGUAGCUGAAUAUACAGACUGA